GUUGUCUCGGCUUGCUUGCCCUGCUGUCUGGUUUUGUUUUGGUGUCCUCAACACCCACACCCCCACAAUGGAGGCACGAGCACUGCACGACUUUGCUGCCACCCAGAAGGAUGAGCUUUCCUUCUCAAAGGGCAGCAUUGUCAAGGUCAUCAACAUUGACGAGGACAAGAACUGGUUCAAGGCGGAACUGGACGGGAAGACCGGAUACAUCCCAGCCAACUAUGUUCAGAUGGAGCCGCAUGGCUGGUUCCACGGGCGCAUCUCGCGCGAGGACUCUGAGAGGAUUUUGAUGGGUGCGCGUGAUGACGGCGCUUUUCUCUUCCGCGAGAGCUGGAGCACGCCAGGUCAGGUGAACAACCAGCAGGGGGUGCAUGUGCAGCACUUUAAGAUUCUGCGUGAUGACGUCGGCAAGUACUUUCUCUGGGUGACAAAAUUCAACAGCCUCAACGAGCUCAUCAACUACCACAAGACAUCGUCUGUCAGUCGGGCGGAGGAGAUUUUCCUGACGACUGCCAUUGGACGUGACGGCCAGCCCGCCAACAUGCCUGCUGCCACCGCUGCCCGCGUUUCUCAGCGCGAGGCAGCGGCGCCCGUGGCACAGGUGCGCGCACCAGCACCAGCCCCUGCACCCAUGCCCGUCGCCCCACCUGCCCAGGCCAACCCGGGCGAGACAAUCGUCACCGCACAGUACACAUUCAAGCCGCAAGAGUCUGGCGAACUGGGCUUCACAAAGGGUGAGCAGAUUGUUGUGCUUGACAAGUCUGAUGAGCACUGGUGGAAGGGUCGCUGCCGUGGUGAAGUUGGGCUUUUCCCGGCUGCAUAUGUGGCAUGAACUGCUGCCCUACUUUGGCUUUGACUUGCUGU